AUGACGGAUAUUGUCAGUCGAACUGUUGAUGUUCUUGAUUGUUACGAAGGUCGUGAUGCUGCAAUUACAUUUACACUUUAUUUGUGUUGUCUAAUCAGUGGUUUUUACUCACGAAAAACCAAAUUACAUCGGUCUCUACAGCGUGUUUUUCAUCGACUUGAAGAUUGUCGUGUUGUCCUACGUUUGUACGAUGACUUGACUAUUCUUCGAGAUUUAUUUACAUACGAAUUGAGACCUGGUGAACGCAACUGGAUUGUUCGUUUAUUGAAGUGUCUUCAUUACAUAGCCUGGCUCGGUUACUAUCCAUCUGAACACAUCGCAUGGUUAGGUGAAAUGAAAAUGCUCGAUGUUAAUCCGAAACUAUGGGAUUUCUACACAAAUUUUUUCUGGUCAACCGCUUUAUUGACGUCUGCUCUCUGGAACGCCUAUGUGGUCUUACAAUAUAUGGUACAACAAAGUUAUAGUAUACAACGAAAAGAAGAAGAGAAAAAGACGCUUAUUCCAUGGACAGCUGCUCGCAAUGCAAUGUUAGCAACUGUCCGUGAUGGUACGGAGUUUAUCGUUGCUGUGAAUUAUCUACCACGUGGUUAUCUAUGGGCAUCGACACUGACUUACAUACAAGUGGGUGUAUUUGGUACAAGUUCAGCUUUCUUACGACUCUUUUCACUCUUUCAAUUUCAUCAUGAACAUUAA